AUGCAGGAUGAUAUAGAAUUUGAUGAGUUUUGUGAUCCCAAUAAUCCACGAAAAAUUAAAUAUGACGAUAUCCUUGCUGCUGCAAAGAGAAUUAGCGGGGAUGUCGUCAAAACUGCAUCGUCGAAAGCGCACAUGUCUGAAAAACUUGGAAUGGACAUCUAUUUAAAGCAAGAAUUCAUGCAAUACACAGGAUGUUUCAAGGAGCGCGGCGUCAGAAAUGCGUUAACUCUACUUUCUGAUGAACAAAAAAAGUUAGGAGUAAUAUCCGCCUCAACCGGAAAUCAUGGACUUUCUAUGAGUUUUCAUUCAACACAAAUGGGCAUACCAUGUAUAAUAGUAAUGCCGAUACAUGCUCCUAUUACUAAAGUAUCGAAAUGUGAACAAUUUGGAGCUAAAUUAAUGUUACACGGCAAUAACAUAGCAGAAGCCAAAAGAUUUGCAAUGGGUGUGUCUAAAGAAAAGAAAAUGAGAUAUAUAAACGGUUACGAUCAUCCCAAUGUCAUCGAAGGUCAAGGAACAAUAGGCAUUGAAAUAAUUGAACAAAUUCAUGGAGUAGAUGCAGUACUGGUGCCUGUAGGCGGUGGUAGCUUGGUUACUGGUAUCGCAGUAGCUAUUAAACACCUUAAGCCAGACACUGAAGUAUACGGAGUACAAACAGAAAAAACAUGUAGUAUGGUAGAGUCGUUUAAAAAAAAUGAAAGAGUUGCCAUAACAAUAGAUUCUACCAUUGCUGAUGGAUUGGCGGUCAAUAUGGUUGGCGUCAAUACCUAUUAUAAUCUAAAAGGACUGCUAGAUAAAAUGGUUGUAGUAAAAGAAGAUUGGGUAGCCCGUGCAAUCAUGCACGUAGUCGAAGAAGAAAGAUUUGUUGUCGAAGGUGCUGCUGCAGUACCGAUAGCUGCUAUCAUGGCUGGCCUAUUUCCUAAUCUUAAAGGAAAAAAAGUUUGCUGUGUAAUAAGUGGCGGAAAUAUUGACACAACAAUUCUGGCGCGCGCUCUGGAACGAGGAAUGGCUGCGGAAGGUCGAUUGGUGAAGUUCAAAGUGACUGUGACUGAUCGCCCCGGUGGUAUGGCGGAACUAUGCGGUCUGCUGUCCACUGUUGGUGUAACGCUUCGAGACUGUAUACCAGAACGAGCUUGGGUGAAAUCAGAUAUAUUCAGUUGUGAGCUUAAAAUUAUAGCCGAAACAAGAGGAUGGGAUCACACAAAAGAAUUGAUAGAACAAGUCAAGAAACACUAUAAAGACUACUUUUUCCCAGAAAUGCCUGAUAAACAAGAUAAAGUACCUGGUGCUAGACGUGGCCCUUGCUUAGCUCCAAAUCCUGUUUGCAUGCAAAAAUAAGCACCAUAACAUUCGUGAUGCUCGAGAAAUUCUUUUAUCAUAAAAUAUUGUAAUGUUACAAAUAAGUGCGAAUAAAAUUUUUAGUUUCAA